AUGCCAUCACUUUUGGGAUCACGUUCAGGCUCUACGGUAAUGCACCAAAUACCACGACAGGUUAAAAAAGUCUCAGUACCUAUAGUACCCGACAUUACUACUCAGAAGUACGAGAUGAAGAAUGUUAUUAGACAGGGGACAGUGACAGAGGACUUUUACGAACUGGAACAUUCUGUUAUGUUGCAGCAAAGGAAUGGCUUAUUGGAAUGCGGAAAAUAUAAUAAAAGUAAUCUUCAUAGUUUUUCUAUGUAA